CCACGUGCCGUCACCAGAGAUGGUUCGCCGUCUUUGCGGUGGUUUCAUGGCGAUACUGAAGAUGUGCGGUGGUCAGAACGCUUCUGAGGGAGAUGCGUGGAAGAUGUACCAAGAAGGCAAAAUUCUGGAAUUGGUGGAUCAAUCUCUAGCAGGAGUAUACAACCGCGACGAAGCAGCCACAUGUUUCAUUAUAGGGUUACUCUGUUGCCAGCAAAUCACAACAAACAGACCGGACAUGAACAAGGUUCAUCAAAUGCUGUCCAGCGAUUCAUUUGAAUUGCCUCAACCGGGUCGUCCCGGACUCCAAGGUCGUAGAGGAGGAGGCUAUACAAGUACCGGGACCGGUACAGGAGCCGGUUCAAAAAGUUUGGGAUUAACCGGGAGUGAACCAAACAGUUUUAAAAGUAGAAGAAGUGGAGGAGGAGCGUCUGGACAGAAUAGCGUCGUUGAGGAAUACUCAAGGAAUUCCAUUUCCAUGUCUUCCUUCGCCGAAGGAAGAUGAGUUUUAAAUUCAAACAUGUAAAUGCACUCUUAUUUAUGUGUAUAUAUUUGGAGACGAAGAGAGGGACUUUUUUUAUAUGAUAUGUUCGUGGAUCGUUAUAUUUGAGUCCUUUCAAGUGUUUGGAACACGUUUUGGUAUAAAUUAGCAAAAACCUGAUGCGUUUGAAAUUUUACUUAACGUUUUUUCAAAAAA